AUGGCGGUAGAGGAGAGGUUAAAUUUUGAAACGGCUAGGGAAGAAUUCAAGUCGUGUGUGAGCAAAGCCAAGGAUGAAAAUGACGAGAUCGAAUUAGCUGAUGUUUUCCAAAGAGCACCAGGAAGCGAGCAAGAGAAAAAACUGGUGGUCGAUCAAGUUUUCCGAGAUCUCGUCAAAGAGGCUGUUGUCAAAGGAGGCAGUUUGGAAAGAUAUAAACUCUUGAUUAGUUUGGUUAUUAAGGCAGCUAUUCAAGGACACUGUUCUCCCAAUCUGGUUUUCAUUUUGCUAAGCGAUGUGUUUGAUUGUAUCACUUUGGAGCAGUGUGAUCCUCUGUUCUCAUUUGUAGAAGAAAAGGUUUCCACUUGGACGAUGCCUUUAUUUUUUUCUGCUGGCAAGAAUCUUCUCCUUAGGAUGUCCAAUGAUUUGCUGCGUCGUUUAUCAACAUCGCAGAACACUGUAUUUUGUGGAAGGAUUCAGUUAUUUCUGGCAAGGCUCUUUCCUCUCUCUGAAAAGUCAGGACUUAACUUGAUGAGUCAGUUUAAUUAUGAAAACAUCACCACUUUUACGACAGCAGACCAAAAGGAGAAAAUCACUGGAAGUGAAAUGGAAGUUGAUGAUCGAGAAGCUGGAGAAUUGGCAUCAAGUACUGUUCUGGUCGACUUCAAUCUUUACAGGAAAUUUUGGGCUCUUCAAGAUUAUUUUCGAAAUCCAACCCAGUGUUAUAACAACACUGUGGCGUGGAAAACAUUUGCAGCAAAUACAAAGGAAGUUUUGAAUGUGUUUAGAAGUCUCAAGUUGGAGCAUGUGACGUGGAAAAAGAAAGCAAAGGAGUUGAAGGAUCUACAAGGAAGUGAUAGCAAAGACGUGGCCCGUUACUUUGCCAAGUUUCUGACCAAUGAGAAACUCCUUGAUCUGCAACUAAGUGACAGUAAUUUUAGGAGAACGAUUCUUGUGCAGAUGUUGAUAAUAUGCCAGUACCUUGUUGGUAAUGUCAAAUUUAAAAGCACAAACCAAGUCCUGAAUGAGUCUCAAAGCAACUGGGUGAAAGAUACAACUACUCAAGUGUAUGAAUUGCUGAGAGAAACACCACCAGAUGGAGACAAAUUUGCAAAUGCUGUGGAACAUAUCUUGGAAAGAGAGGAGAAUUGGAUAUCAUGGAAGAAUGAAGGCUGUCCAAGUUUCAUCAAAGAAAGGAGUGAAGAGGAGUCAAAGCCACAACCUUCAAGGAAGCGUAAGGUCAGCAUUGGAGAUGAGGUGGCCUCCGGGUGGAAGUCCAAAAAAGUACUCCUGGGAAGCAGUGAGUUGACGCGUUUGUGGAAUCUGUAUCCUGACAACUUGGAAGCUUGCAAAGCUGACAACAGAGUUUUCCUCCCAACUCUUGAAGAAUAUUUCUCUGAGGCCAUAGAACAAGCUGACCCUGAUGCCAUGGUAGAGGAUGAAUACAAAGUCAUCAAAAAUGGUAACUUUGGUUGGCGAGCACUACGUCUUCUUGCUCGGAGAAGCCAUCACUUUUUCCAGCCAAGCAGUAAUCCUUUUAAAACACUUCCAGAAUAUCUUGAGAGUGUGGUGCAACAACUUGCACAAGAACUGCCACACCUAAAGAAUGAGGAAGGCAUUGUGGUGAAUGGCACUGCAGAGGCAGGUGUGCCUAUCACAUGAUCCAUCCGAUGCAUUAACCUGACACUGACCAAAGUAAAACGGACAACAUCAAGUAAGGUGAAGACAACAGACUAUGAAUUGGUCCAGUAGCCACACAAUUAUCUACUGUAAGGACAAAUGGAAAUUUGCAAUUCAAUUGCAGUAGUAAUUUGAGAAUGGCAUGGGUUUUGUUCCCUAUCUUGGUUUUUAUAAGUUGUGUAAACGAUCAAAAGUUUGCAAGAAAGGCAUUGCCAUUUCAAGAAGUCAUUUAGUAACUUUGGUGAUGCUUAGUGUUGAAUCAGUAGUUUGAAUGUUACCAGUCUUCAGUAAUGCACAUUGUUAUUUGAGCAAGUUGAGUGUUUGACGUUCAGUGUCUGUAAAAGCUUGUGUUAUAACUCUAUUGUUUUGAAAAUGAAAAUGAAAUCCAUGCUAGAUUUGGUGGUGGUAUAAGGUUUUGCAUUUGUUCAGUCAUAUGUCAUAACUUAUUUCAUCACCAUUUUCCAGAUUGUGAUAGGCCAAGUUAAAUCUAAGUGUAUUUUGGUCAUAGUGCCUAUGCAGGGAUUAGACAGGGGUGGGGGGGUCAGUAAGCUGUAGAUGGGGGGGGGGGCUAUCAGUAUGCUGCUUUUAUACAGUUGUCUCCAUUAGUGGGGGCUACUGAAAACUGAAAUGUACUGGCCCACUAGGCAACUGGAUUUUAGAAUUUUUUUCCUGCCCUGGUUCCAAGGAACAAGAAAGACAUUUCUGGUCAUGCUGCUUUAUAAAGACAUAAAGCCUGGGCUUGGAGGUCGUUCACAAAACACUUAUGGGCUUCAAAGGUCCUCUGGUACCCAGAGCACUUCGUUACAACUGUAGGCUAUGAAAAAUCUUUCAUUUCUACUCUUGCAUAGCCAAAAAGUACACUUUUAGAGAACAAAUAAACCAAGAUUUGCUUGUAAAUUAUCGGAUUAAGUAAUAGCAUCAAAGUUAACACAUGGCAUAACCUCUAGCAACUAAACUACCACUGCAAAAUCAGGGCAUUUACAUGGUUGUUUGACUCGAGCUAGCUCUGCAUACAAUUUUUAUCCUAUUUAUUAUUUAGCUCUUAUUAAACAAGCACGAGGUCGUGAGUACAGACGAAAUGCAGCAAGGUCUGUACACACGACCGAGGUCAAGAUGCUCCCUGAGAGCGCAGAACUUAACGUUACUCACAGGACGGUUUUGUGAAUCACGUAUCCUCUCGUUGUCACAGAUAUUCUAAACACGUUUCAAACAUUCCCCAGAAUAAUGUUCGUGACACAGUUUAUUGUAAACAGCAUUUAUUGAAGCGAAGCGAUGUACACAGAUGAUGCGAAGCGUAACGAAUCAAAUAUCGAAGCGAUGUAUAGAAGCAUUGUAAAGAAGCGUUGUUGAGAAACGAUUGAGAAACGGUGAAAACGGUGAAAUGGUUUCGAAAACUAAGAAACAAAUAACGAAGUAGAAACUACAAUUAGGCUAGCUAGAAAACUACUACAAACUUAGGAAACAAACAAAGACAAUAAAAGACAUUCAAUAAUGAAAAAACUUA